AUGUCGGAAGGAAAUUCUUUAGAGAGGGUCUUCUUAUUUACCUUGGUAUCACUUGCAGUUUUUCAUCAAGUCUGUGCUAUCGAGGUACCACUUGAACUGCUUGCGGAAAUUGAAUCUCAAGUGGGUGUUAAUUUCACAUUCAGUCCAGAUGCAACUCUGAAUUGUACACAACUAAUAUCAAAAUAUGGAUACCAUGGCGAAACUCAUCUAGUCACAACUAAGGAUGGAUACAUCCUCGAAGUGCAUAGGAUAACUGGUCCCAGGUUAAAGCCAAAACCCGAGGGCAAACCUGUGGUUUUUCUUAUGCAUGGUAUAUUGUCGAGUUCAGUUGACUGGAUUAUCUCUGGACCUGGAAAAGCGUUCGCGUAUAUAUUAGCAGAUCAGGGCUACGAUGUUUGGCUGGGGAAUGCCCGCGGAAAUCACUACAGCCAGGCUCACAAUAAAUAUUCCGUUACUGAUAAACAAUUCUGGAAGUUCAGUGCGCAUGAGAUCGGGAUUGAGGAUCUCCCAGCUAUGAUUGACUACAUCCGAGUAUACACGAACAGGGAUAAGAUAUUCUAUGUUGGACAUAGUCAAGGAACAACGUCAUUCUUCAUUAUGGCUUCUGAGAAGCCAGAGUACAAUGAUAAACUUAUUUCAGUGUCUGCAUUAGCACCGAUUGCCUAUUGUAAGAACAUGAAGAGCCCGCUUUUCAAAAUGAUGGCCCGAUUCAAGAAGCUUUUGCAUAACUCGAUGUCAGCCUUUGGUUUCCAUGGGAUGGAUAAAUCGUCCAACGAUCUGCUGAAAAAAGUUAUGUCAAUUAUAUGUCCUGGAGAAUUUUCAACUCGCGUCAUAUGUCAGAAUAUUCUAUUCCUGUUGACAGGGUUCGGUAGUGACCAAUUGAACGCAGCUUUAUUCCCAGCUUUGAUGGGUCAUGUUCCUGCAGGCGCAUCCACUCGCCAAUUCGUUCACUACGCACAACUGAUCAAAUCCAAUGAAUUUCGGCAAUAUGAUCAUGGGGUCUUCGGUAAUAACCGGAAGUAUGGGCGGAUAACCCCUCCACCAUACAAUCUUUCAAAAAUUACGGUUCCAGUUAUCAUUCAUUAUUCCCGCAAUGAUUGGCUUUCGAGCGUUAAGGACGUCAGUCGACUCGCGAAGCGAUUACCCAAUGUCUACGCAAAGUUGGAAGUUCCUAAUCCGAAGUUUGGCCAUGUGGAUUACGUAUGGGGCGUCGAUGCUUCCCGUUUAAUUUACUCUCAAUCAAUAGCUUUAAUGAAGCAUUUCAUGAAUUGAGAUUAAGCGAUGUCAUACACAGCAAAAACUAAUGU